GAACACAGGCAUCCUCGUCACAGUCACUGACCUCACACAUAACCAGUUUCCAAUAACCCCCAACCUUCUACCCUCUCCAAUCGCUCAUCACCCCGCAAACAUGGAAUUCAAUCUCAGCGAGCCCAACCGCAAGAUCCAUGCCGGCGUCAUACUGACGAAAGGAGUUACCGAAAUGCUCGAUGUUGCACCUUUCGAAUUCUUCGCCUGGGCCGACAAGGCGUCGCGACAAAUGUUGAACCUCCCCCAGGAAAUGUGGGAGGAUAACCUUGAGUUCGAGCUACACUGGAUCACCGAGGACGGCAAACCGGCCCAAAUGAAGAGCAGGGCUCAGAUUCAGCCGACUGACUCCUUUGAGUCGUGCCCGCCCUUGGAUAUCGCCCUUAUGGGUGCCCAUAACUCCGGCGACUACAAGACCAGCGAAGCUGAGAUCGCCUUCAUCCGCAAGGUCUACGAGCAGUGCAGCGCCUUCUUGACCAUCUGUGGCGGCAUGUUCCCGCUUCUCGAGGCCGGCAUUCUGGCAGGUAAGACGGCAACUUGCCCUAGAAUGAUGGUCGGUAUCAUGAAGAAGAAUGUUCCAGUCGUCGAUUGGGUUGAGACUCGCUGGGCGCAUGACGGAAAGCUGUGGACCUCGAGCUCGUUGCUGAAUGGCACCGACAUGAUGCGUGCUUUUGCUGAGCAUACGUGGGGAGGCAAGAGCAAGACUGGGUGGGUCGAGGCGGUCCUCGAUCUUGGGGGAUAUCCUGUGAGAGACGUCGACUUUAAGGAUUUUGAGGGGCACAAUUACCCUAUCGAGCAAUAUCCGUUCUAGUCGACAGAACAAUCAGCUACGUCGUAUGGAUCAGAUCAAUUCGUAGUGAAAGUCUCAGUAUCCUAUCAACUGCUAGAUGGCGUCGCUACAUCCGUCUCCAGUGUUUUUCUGAUUUUGCUCUAUUUCGAAAUUAUUCAUAGGCGAAUUCAAGGGAAGUAGGGUCGGGUUAUUAUAUUAUUCGCUAUUAAAGUACGUACCUAUGUAUCGACACCAUUUAGCAGUUGAUGGGAUAUGAGUUUAGAAAAGCAGAGAUCUUGUCUCAAACUUGACUUCCCUGUGGCGACGGAGAUGAUGCUACACAGUGCAUA